CCCGUAUAAAACAGUCAGGUGAACGGAAUCGCGGAACCAGUCGACUGGCACUCAGGAUCGAGAGGUAGUGCUGCUGCUUCUGCUGCACUGAGCGGGUUUCUCGUCCGACCAGCAUCUCCACGCAGUCACUGCACUUCCAGUCGCUCCUCUCGAAUUUGUCAGCACCCAAAAAGAACAAUGUCGAUUUCCUCUUGGGCGCCGUUGCUCGUCGCCGCCCUCGCCGUUUUCCAACCCGGCAUGGGCGCCAAAAACAUGCGGAUGGCGUUUGAGAAGUUGACUGACUACGACUAUCGCGGCACUUCUUAUUACACAGCCAAAAACCUGACUCUGAGCGAGUGCCAGGGUUGGUGUCGACAGGAGCCCAACUGCUUGGCCGCCGCCUUCAGUUUUGUGCCGAAUCCUCUGACCCCAGUUCAGGAAACUCUGUGCCAGCUGCAGAAUGAGACGCAGGCCUCCAACCCCACUGCCACGGCCCAAAGGGCAGUCAACAUGUACUACAUGGUCAAGGUCCAGAUCAGAUCAGACAAUGUUUGUGCGCGUCCCUGGACCUUCGAAAGGGUGCCCAAUAAGGCCAUCAGGGGUCUGGACAACGCUCUCAUCUACACUUCCAGCAAAGAAGCCUGUCUGGCUGCUUGUCUGAAUGAGAAACGCUUCAUUUGCCGCUCGGCCGAGUACAACUACGCUAGUCUGCAGUGCCACCUGAGCGACACCGACCGCCGAACUGCCGGUACCGGACCCCUCAGCCAGCUCGUGGACUCACCCGGAGUUGACUACUUUGAAAAUCUCUGUCUCAAUGGUGCUGAUGCUUGCAAGGGCAAGAAGACCUUCCAGGCCCCACGCAUCGGCGUUGCCGAUGACAAGAUCUCUCAGUAUGUGGCUUUGAACUUCUACAUUGACAAGGAAUUGCAGGCUCCUUCUGAGGCGGCGUGCAAGCGCGCUUGCGAGGUCGAGAGUGAAUUCCUAUGCCGAUCGGCCCUUUACCGCAGUGAUAAGAGCUCGUACAACUGCCAGCUCUUCCACUUGGACCACCGUUCUCUCCCUGAUGGCCCCAGCACUUUCCUCACCGCCGAGCGCCCCCUCAUUGACACUGGAGACACCGCCGGUUCCUACUUCGAAAACAACUGCGACCAACAAUCCUCCCCUCAUACCUUGCCUGUCACUGUGGACAAAAUCGAAGAUAACACUCUCACCAACGAGACUCGCUCGGACAUCAACUGUGACAAGACUGGAACUUGCUAUGAUGUGACCGUCAACUGCAAGGACACACGUAUUGCUGUGGCUGUGCGCACCAACAAGCCAUUCAACGGCCGCAUCUACGCCCUUGGACGUUCCGAGACCUGCAACAUUGACGUCGUUGAAUCUGACACCUUCCGUCUUGACCUGACCAUGAGCGGCCAGGAUUGUAACACUCAGUCUGUGUCUGGCGUGUUCACCAAUACUGUCAUCCUGCAACACCACAGCGUCGUCAUGACCAAGGCUGACAAAAUCUACAAGGUCAAGUGCACCUAUGACAUGUCGCCCAAGGACGUAACCUUUGGAAUGAUGCCUAUCAGAGAUCCUGAGAUGAUCAGCAUCACCUCUGCUCCCGAGGCUCCUCCCCCGAGGAUCAGAAUCGUGGACGGUGCUCGCAGAGAGGUUGAAACUGUGCGCAUUGGAGACAGGCUUACCUUCCGCAUUGAGAUUCCCGACGACACUCCUUAUGGAAUCUUUGCCAGGAGCUGCGUUGCCAUGGCCAAGGACUCAAAGAGCACCUUUGAAAUCAUUGACGAGAAUGGCUGCCCUGUUGACUCCACCAUCUUCCCUGCUUUUGAGCCCGACGGUAACGCACUGCAGUCUGUGUAUGAGGCUUUCCGUUUCACCGAAUCGUACGGAGUCAUCUUCCAGUGCAACGUCAAGUACUGUCUUGGACCCUGUGAGCCUGCCGUCUGUGAUGCUGGAGUUGAGUCUUGGGGCAAGAGGAGAAGGCGUGCUGUCAACGCCAGCGAGGAGCAGUCCGAGGAUGACAUGUCCAUCAGCCAGGAGAUCCUUGUCCUUGACUUCGGAGAUGAGAAGAACAAGGACUUCCUUCGUUCACCCAUUGAGCCUGGAAGGACGCCCUCUGCCGACUUUGAUGAGCCCUUGGUGACCCCAGUGAGCAGCGAGCCAUGCUCAGGACGCGGUACACUGCUUGCCCUGUCUGUGACCUGCGCCCUUUUGGCCCUCCUGUAUGUGAGCACCAUUAGCUGCUACUGCGCCAAGAACUGGCUGAUGCCCGGCAAAGGCUACGCGGACGCCUGAUUCAGAUUGACUGACCCACAAAGUGCAUUAACUCAUUUUAAUUUUUAAAACAUUUAGCUGUGUUCCCUUUCUUAAAUUGUGCGAAAAGAAUUUUGUUUUUCGGGGUCGAAGAUAAUUUUAAAUUUUUUUUCCAGUAACGAAAGAAUUUGACUGAUCUCUUUGUAUUUCGUCACUAAGAUUUGAGUCAAAUGUUUUGUUUGGGUUGAGCCAAAUUUGUUCUGGAAAAAAGCUGAGCAAGGAAGGGCACACUGUUGAACAAACCUCGAAAGACGAAGUUACUAAUAUACACACGACCAGUUUUUUUUUGCGAUUUUUUAGUUGACGUGACUUUUUCAUUGAAAGAGUCUCGCGUUCUUCUUAGUGACCAUCUCGAAAUGCCAACUGACUUUUUUUAAACUAACCACGGCGUCCGCGUUUCAGAGUGAACUCUGAUAAUUUUCACUCUCGGAGACGCGGUCAGACACUUGGGUGCGCGCAGAACUGGUGCGUGCACUUUUUCGGUUCUCAAGAGGACGGAAAAUUGUAGCGGAGGGUGUCGGGUACACAGGCGCGUUUUUGUUGCUCUAGUGCCACUGAUGUCCAAACACUGGAAAUCGAAAGCAUGAAUCGAGCAAUAAAAAUUGGCGUGGGUUUUAUCUCUAACAAAAAAAGAUUUAAAUUAUUUUUAUUUAUUUUAUCGCUAUAAGUAGGAUAAACGACAAUCUAUAACAAUAAAAAAUUCUUUUACCAUUUGUGCCGAUUGUAAAUAACGAUUUUGUCUAUUUAUUUUGUACUAAUUCAAGCAAAUAAAGAAAAAAAGUGCAAAAAAUUA